GUUAUUAAGAGUAGUGGGUUUAACACGUCGGCUUUCGCGUCCAAUAUCCAUAAUGCAGAGUUGUGUUGGGUUAGAUCGAACCCAAACAACCUGUAUCAUGAAUAGAGGUUUUGUCGGUUCUUGGAGCCGUGCUUGAUAGUGGACUGUAAUAUUUGUGGUGGCGAGUGUGUUUUAUACUUCAUCAGUGCAUGGUGCGGCUGCUGUUGUUGUACUAUAUAUAUGCUGCUAGGUGUUGUACUGUAGAUUGCAUACCUGUCAAACCAUAUGGUUUACACCUAUUCUUAAAUAGAGUUUCAGGUCCAUACGGCGUACAGCAGUUUCAUGAUGGCUAUUUGAAGGAUUAAUGUUGAGAUUUAUAAGAGCACGGGGUUACCAAUAAGGUCUGAAUUGGGGUUGACAAGGUAUUAGCUUGCCUGUAUAUAUGUUUGAUAUGUCUGUUGGUCCAGUGGUGACACCGUACUUUGUGUGGUGGUUGUUGUGGGUGAAACUACAACUUGGCUGCGUGAGUUGGGACUGUGGUUCCUUGUGCUUGGUGGUAACCAUUAGCACCGUUGCCCAUUAGCUAUUGUAGCGUGAUGUGGUUGUACUGUAGAUUGUGUUGUUGUGGUGUUUGGUGAGGUUGUUGUGUGGCGCCUAUGAUCAAAUAACCCGGAAUGCACCCUGCCUCAUCAGAUAUCGGAAGCUAAGCAGGUUUUGAACCUGGAAUGUUACCUUGUCAGCUCUUGCAUCUCAGCUUCUAACCAUCAACAAACCCGCACUGACCGGCAUAGAGAAUUAAGAUGACAACGCUGCUGGGAGCGAUGUUGGGGCCGGAUGGGCCCAGUACGCGGGAGCUGGUGUUCCUGGGCGUUGGUGUGGCCGUGAGCUUCAUCUCCUGGAGCGUCGCUCGCAGGAAGAGUGCAGCUCUGAGCAAGCUGCAGGAAACUUCACAGAUUCCCCUGGACGAUGGUCUCAUAGGCAGGCUGAAGGAGGCACCUGGGGGCUACUUACCAUAUGUGGUGUUGGAAGGGACGGUGCGCCCCAUUAAGGAGCACCUACAGAGCCAGCUGCGGCCCGACGUGCUGGGCGUCAUGCAGCAGGUGGAGUUCAAGGAGCGGAAGCUCGUCUGGAGCAGCCUCACCCACCACUGGAACAACACGGAGCAUGUGAUCCACACGCGGACAGACAUGGUGCCAUUUGUCCUGGAGGGCACGGGACCACGGGCGGCCAGCGUGCGUGUGCGGAGUCCCCAGGAGGCGAGCGGCCUCUCGCUGGAGCCCGUGGCCGAGUCCUUUCAGCCGUCGACGGGAACGUGGGGCGAGCUGCUGGGGCUUCUCAGCGGGGAGCGGCCCCGCGGGGUGCUGCAGGUUGAGCGCCUGCUACGCGUGGGAGCAACUCUGACGGCUGUGGGGGAGGUGGCGCUGGGUGAGCAUGGGGCCCCUGAGGUGCGCCCUCCGCGGGACGGUGCCGCCUACCUGCUGAGCACGGCGGCGGGCGGCCUGCGGGCCCUGGUGGAGCAGCGUCGCUGGAGCACGGGCAUGUGGAGGUUCGGGGCGGUCACCUGCACGCUGCUCACCCUGGCACUCGCCCUCUGGGUCCUGCGCAGGAUCUACCGCCGAGCACGGGAAGAGAGGCGCUGGGACAAGCUGAGACGCGAGCAGGAGGCCGAGGCGGCCCAGUUGGCCCCCGAAGACGGGGCGGGUGGGACGGAAGAGGGCGGGCGGCUGCCGUGCGUGGUGUGCCUGAGCGCGCCGCGCGGCUGUGUGCUCCUGGACUGCGGCCACGUGUGCUGCUGCUUGCCGUGCUACCGCGUGCUGCCACGCCCCGUGUGCUGCCCCGUGUGCCGCUCGCCCGUGUCCCGCAUCGUGCCUCUCUACCACUCGUAGCGGAGCCCGGUUUGCGGGCUGUGCUCGCACACCAUAUUUGUGGUACCACACCACAGUUACCAAACUGCACUAACGCGGCAUACCAUGGCACCACUGGGACAUCACAGCAACUGUACAUCGCCAUUCUGUACCACACAAUGCUAUCACAUCAUACCACAUCGCCUCACCACACGGUGCUACCACAGCAGACCACCACAAUGCCCUGAAAUCUCAUUUGGGGUUUGACUAAUUCCACUUUGCCUUCAUAGGGUAUAAAUUAUGAUAUUCUGGGAAGUCAACAUUGGCUUAUCUCUGGAUAGAAUUGCUUCGUCAUAGGAACGUGGAAUUGGCUCAGGAAUACGGUUGCUCGUUUGAACACGUAAUUGAAUAAAACUGCUGCUGUCAAAUAAGACCAAAACUUCACAGUUGAGUUUGACAAUGGUCCUAUGUGCACGCAUAUACGUGUAAAAAACAUGGUUAUGUUCAUGGCGAGCGUGGGCUGUUUAUUAACUCCUUCCAACUAAGGUGCAAGCAUUUGUGCAGCAGCUGUCUGUUAUUCCGUACCUUGGUCCAUCCAUGUGGGGGUGGGGGUGGCACAUCAACUCUUGUAAAGAUAAUCCAAUAUUAAGGAAGUUUUAGUAUAAACUUGUGUUGAAAUUUGGGAAUUAUCCUUUUAAAAACCGGCCAAAUUAGUGGAAGUGUUGCCCAAAACUUUGAGACACAACUCGUAGCAAGAGGGACUUUGCAAAUACCCAAAUGCAUUUCGCAUUUAGGGUUAUGGCAAAUGCAUUUUGCCCUGACUGCUACCCGUCAGCUUCCAUAACUGUUAAUUAAAUACUUUCAAAGACAAAUGCAUGUUGGAAAAUAUUAUAGAAUCCAUGCCUAUACUUUAUUUUUCCUUUAUUUUUACAAUUGAGACGAUUUUACGACAGCAAGGAGAUCAUACUCAUGAGUACAUUAAACCCUCUCUAUCCGCGAGGGUUGCGUUCUUGAAAGCACUCUUGCGAAUGCAGAAUUCGCGAAUACAGAAAUCUUCCAAUGGGAACAAUGGGGUUUCCGUUCCUGGUACUAGUGAACAUGGGGGGGGAGGGAUAGUAAAUGUUUAAUAACAAUGACUCCAAUAAAUAAUACAUUAUCUAGAACAAUGAUUUUAAUUGCCUUUGAUGAUGAUUUGACUUAAAUGGAGGUGGUGGUGAAGGUGUUGAAUUGCGGAGGAUGACUCCUGGGGAGAUGCAGGUGUUUGAAAACAUUGCACAGUUAUCAUUUAGCACUCUAAGGAGCAUUAGCCGCAACACUUUGCCCGAUUGUUUUCGCGUUAUUUUUAAUGGACCCGACAGUCGACUCAUCCAUACCAAAAUGUGUAAACGAGUGGACUAAGUACGUAUACAGAAUAAAAAUCACAAUAGCGAGUUCAGAACGGGAUUGCUGCGAGACGGAGGACUAAGUGGGCGGCCGAGGGAGCGUGACUAAUCCUCGCAGUGUCAAAUGUUUAAUUCUGCACGCACCUCCCCGGUGUCGGUGGUCUGGCACGACGUCCACUCGCGAAUACUGGAGUCCGGUGGGUCGCGAAUAGGGAAUUGAUGUGCAUUUAGUAACUCGCGAAUAUGCAAAAACUCGCGAAUUCAGAACUCGCGCAUAACGAGGGUUUAUACUGGUCUGAAAUUACCUCACUUUCGCGAUGGACUUAGGUUUGCACCAAUGAGAGGAAGUGGGGGUGCAGGAGACAAGGUGGACAAUCAUGUAUGCAGCACAAAUCGCAAUCCCGCCCACGAACCCACUACAUUUUAGACACCUGUCUGCAAGAUAAGCAUGCAAAUUGGAGUUAUAAAAUCCUCAUUGGACGUUUAUGAAUCUCCGUGGGUGUUUGUGCAAGUAGCAGUUAAUGUGAUGUGCUAUGAACCUGGCAACCCGAGUUCGAUUCCCCUUCACAGUCAACAUCAGUGUCGAAUAUCUGAACCGGUCCUAGGCCUCCCCUAGGUCGACUCGGCUUCAAAUGAGUACCUGGUGUGGUGGGUAAGCACCGCUACUCUGGGACAAAGGCGGUCAAAGGCGGGUUGCUGGACACCCAGUGGCGGAGCUAGGAUUUUCAGGUAGGGGGGGGCAACCCCUCCAGCAAUGAAAAAUGAUAGAGGAGUUGUUAGUAAGUAAGGACUUGUCCCUUGCUUUUUAUGCGACACGUGUGGGGCGAUGGCGUAGCCAUCGAUCGAGGGUCGAAUUCGAACCAUGUGAUCGGCAUCGCGCUCGCUGAAGGUGUUUGCCUUCAGGGAAGUCUUGUACUGUAUACGCAACUGCGUACAAUUCUGAGUCACUUAUAACUGCUUUUCCAUUACUUAUUGCCAAUUAUGGACUCAGACUAUUGUCAUAUCAUCUCAGAGUCCCUGGCACAUAAUAAUAUGGUACACAGUGGCACUGGGGGUUGCAAAAUGCCGAUUUAUUACUAAUAAAUCCCAAUGAUCCGAUCGAAAUCCCUAAUUUAGAUCGGAUCAUUGGGGGGGCAUGUGCCACCCCACCUCCCACUGGCUCCGCCAGUGUGGACACCCACCCCCUCGUGUACCGUGCCGGACUUCAUAGGUGCUCGCCAACCACUUUCCCCAAAAGAUCUGCCUGUGGCUCGCCAUGUAUACAUUUGGUCUUGCGGUUGUGGAAGAGGAGUGUGCCAGGCUUCCUUCCGUAGGGCAUCGAUGGCAGCACUGCAUGUACACGUAAGCCCAUAUUGUAUUAAUCCACUGCUGGAUGAGGCCACCCCGUGCCGUACAGGGAAUUGUAGGGUGGAGGAUUUUCCAUGGCAUCUGUCGGACGAGCAAUCCUUUCAUGCACAUUUCUUACGAAGCAGCAGUGAAGGAUCGCUGGAAUGAGGUCACAGGGCAAACCAGGGUUUUAUUUUUUUUUAUUAAUGCCCACUGGUCAGGACAAAUCAUCUCCUGUGACGAUUUGGAAGGAUCUUCCUCAAAAAAAUGUCAUGAAACUCAGUGAAGCCUCUCCUGGGUAAAUUGGUAUAAUAAUUAAAGGCAUCUUCUUGGUUCUUUCAGUAAAGUCACGUAGAAGGGAAGUAAUAAAAUAAUAAAAAUAAAAUAUAAUAAAAUCAUUCUCACGACGUUUCGGCCACAACGCAAGCAGCCGUCCUCAGGUGAAGAACAGGUCUGUCAGACAGCGUCUGAAUGAACACCACCAGGCUUGGCAGUGUAUAUUUAAGCUGGGUUGGAAGGGGAAGCGUGCCCCGACAAAGGAAUUCGCAUAUCAAGAGGAAUCUAGCAUAUCCAUGGGAAAUGCAGGUAUGCGACCAGUACCACUUAUGCCCGUGCAUUAUGCAGGAAUAGCAGCAUCAAAGGGAGGGGAUAGGGGUAGCUUUAAUAAAGGGAAGGAGUGUUAAUAGUGAAGUACCGGUGAGGACGCUUGACACCGAGGUGGAGGCACACGUGUAUUUAUUUUACAGUACAACAGUGGGCAUAUAACACUCGAGGGGGUAUCGGCCCCCUCACCCGUAUAACUGGGAAUACACCCCUAGCUAUCCCUGUCCUACCCCCGAGUCCUCCACUAACGGGCUAGGGGAGGCUAUCUGGCCCGACACUGGUAAGUCGGGCCCGGUACCCGGAGUCCCAGACCAGCUCUUACAAGAGCACCGGCUCUGGCUUUCGGGACCACGCCGCUGGCUCAGUCCUGUUCGGCCCUGAUAAGGACAUCGAACUAGGGGAGUCCAGGGCUCUAUCUAAGACGUCUUCAGUCUUCUCUGGUUAGCUUUUAACUCUACCCCCGAGCCCUUUGAUACAUCCCCUUUUAUACCCAACCCCUCCCUGAGGGGUGGGGCCCCGGGGGAUCCUAACGUUCGAACCA